GGGGAGGUGCAGCGAAGGGAGGGGGGGCGUGGGGGGCCCGGAGAGGAGGUGACUCUUCAGCAGCAUUUAGACACAGCGAAAGGAUCAUGGCGGAUGGCCCCAGGUGUAAGCGCAGAAAGCAGGCGAACCCGCGGAGGAACAACGUCACAAACUACAGCAACGUGGUGGAGGCAAACUCGGACUCGGACGAUGAGGACAAGCUGCACAUCGUGGAGGAGGACAGCCUCCCGGACGACGCAGGUGAAGAUGACGCGUUGGGCCUCAACGGGCCCGUGGACCACCAGGACAGGUGGAACGGAAUGGGAGAGGACACCCUGGGGCCAGAAGCUGAGCCACGGGAUGUGAGGUUUCCAGUGAAGGAAGAGUGCAUGUCAGAGGGGGAGGAGGACUGCAGCACGGACGCGAUGGUGGAGGAGAUGCUUCAGCAGGGCGACACCGCUGUCAUCUACCCCGAGGCACCGGAGGACGAGCCGAGGCAGGGCACACCUGACGCCAGCGUCCACGAUGAAAAUGCAGGGACCCCGGAUGCCUUCUCCCAGCUGCUCACCUGCCCCUACUGCGCACGGGGUUACAAGCGCUACGCCUCCCUGAAGGAGCACAUCAAGUACCGGCACGAGAAGAGCGAAGACAACUUCAGCUGCUCCCUGUGCAGCUACACCUUCGCCCACCGUACGCAGCUGGACCGCCACAUGACCGUGCACAAGUCCGCCCGAGAGCAGCGCCACGUGACCCCAACGGGCGGCAAUCGCAAGUUCAAGUGCACUGAAUGCGGGAAGGCAUUUAAAUACAAGCACCACCUGAAGGAGCACUUGCGCAUCCACAGUGGAGAGAAGCCGUACGAGUGCUCCAACUGCAAGAAACGCUUCUCCCACUCUGGCUCCUACAGCUCCCACAUCAGCAGCAAGAAGUGCAUUGGUCUGAUCUCAGUGAACGGACGGCCCCGCCCUGCCAGCAAGGCCUCUCAGUGCACGUCCCCGGCCCUGCCCGCCUCGCCGUCCGUGCCCCCCUCCGGCCGCACGCAGCUUCGCGAGAAGGUGGAAAAUGGCAGGCCCUUGCAAGAGCAACUUCCCGUCAACCAAAUUAAGACAGAACCGGUGGACUAUGAGUACAAGCCUGUCGUAGUGGCUUCUGGAGUUAAUGGCGUGUUCAACGGGGGCCCACCACUGCAAGCUGCCACCAGUGCCCCCCAGGGAGUGGUGCAGGCCGUGGUUCUGCCCACCGUGGGCCUUGUCUCACCAAUCAGCAUCAACCUGAACGACAUCCAGAAUGUUCUCAAAGUGGCGGUGGACAGCAACGUGAUUCGCCAGAUGUUGGGAAGUGCCCACACUAAUGUAGCGCCCAAAGAGCCUGGGGCCGCGGGCCAGACACAACCAGCUGCCCCCUCCGUCAUUUCGGCCAUCAGCCUUCCCAUCGUCGACCAGGACGGCACUACCAAGAUCAUUAUCAAUUACAACCUAGACCCGAGCCAGGCUCAGCUCGCAGCCCAGAGUUUGAAGAAGGAGGCUGUCGUCAGCAACGGCAGCAUCUGCAAGGCUGAGAAGCUUCCUGAGGACCUCACCAUCAAGGUGGAGAAGGGCCAGCAGGCCAAAGCAGAGGAGAGUGCUAGCACCUGCCUCCUGUGCGAAGACUGUCCCAGUGGUUUGGACGCGCUGCACGACCUGAAACACUGUAAGGCAAAAGGCCUAAAGAUCAACGGAUUGGAGGAAAGCAAGUCGGAUCCCGCUGUUUCGUCCCUGCUGUCCGACGGGAACCUGACACCCGGCCAACCUCCGCUCAAGAACCUCCUGUCACUCUUGAAGGCCUACUACGCUUUAAAUGCCGAGCCCACUAAGGAGGAGCUCACCAAGAUCUCUGACUCGGUCAGUUUACCUCUGGAUGUGGUCAAGAAGUGGUUUGAGAAGAUGCACACGGGUCAAAUCCCUGUGGGGAGCUCUAGUCCUCCGCCGGGACAGGAGGCACCGCGGACCGAGCCGGACGGGGCCUCCCCAACACCGCCGCCAGGGCAAGGCGGCACGGCCACUGCCGAGAUUGCAACCACGCGCAGCGAGCCGAGCGGACAGCCCUCCGAGCCGGUUGCGUCCUCCUCGCCGCUGAACCUGUCUGCCGGGGGGCUCGCCACCGUGAGGUCCGAGCAGGACACCGAGGAGCCGCUGGACUUGUCUCUACCAAAGCUGCCCAGGGACGAGGCAGACGGGCAGGCCCACCAGAACAGCGUCUACUCCGUUCAGGAAGAGCCCCUGAACCUGACUUGCACAAAGAGGGACCCGCAACAGAGUGACACUACGGACGGCAGCCCGGCCCCCCUCUACGUCCCCACACCAAGUGCCAACCCCAUCAACAUCGUCACCGCUCAGCUACCCACUCUAGUGGCCAUUGCUGACCAGGGCAGCGUGUCCUGUCUGCGUGCUCUCACCACCAACAACAAGACCAUUCUGAUCCCCCAGCUGACCUACACGUACAGCACGUCCGGAAACAGCCCCGUGGGCACGGAAACGCAGCAGAAAACGGCGCAAAUCGGCAGCAACCAGGAGGACACCAGCUCCGAGGGAGUCUCUACCGUGGAGGACCAGAACGACUCGGACUCUACGCCCCCGCGGAAGAGGAUGCGGAAGACGGAGAACGGGAUGUACGCCUGCGACCUCUGCGAAAAGAUCUUCCAGAAGAGCAGCUCCCUGCUGAGACACAAGUAUGAGCACACGGGAAAGCGGCCCCAUGAGUGCGGGAUAUGCAGCAAGGCCUUCAAACACAAGCACCACCUCAUCGAACACAUGCGGCUGCACUCGGGCGAGAAGCCCUACCAGUGCGACAAGUGCGGCAAGCGCUUCUCCCACUCGGGCUCCUACUCGCAGCACAUGAACCACCGCUACUCCUACUGUAAGAAGGAGGCUCAGGAGCGCGGCGACGGGGGAUCCGAUCCAGGGCCGCUGGAGGUCAUGGCCCUCCCCGGCGGGCAGCUUUCGGACGGCCCGGCCGCGUCGCCGCCCUCCCACCUGGACUCAGACGACCGGGAGAGUAGCACGAGGGAAGACGACGAAGAGAGCGAGGAGGAGGAAGAGGAGGAUGAGCUGGGAGAUGUCGGCGUGAACGAGGACGAGAUACGGGUGGUGAGGAUAGGAGAUGACGACGAACAAGGGGACAGCGGGGGAGGGGAGGAAGAAGGAGGGGAGGAGGAGGAGGAGGAGGAAAUGGAGCUUGCUGCUGAAGGUGAUGAGGUGGCCCAGCGAAACAUGGAGGGAGAGGAGGCCAUAGCAAAGGAUGACGGGGGAGAAGUACAGGGGAGCGAAAUGGGGGAUCCGUUGGAAGAGGAGGAGGAAGAAAUCGCCAAGAACCCGGACCCAGUGGAAACAGAGGUGGCUGCAGCAUGUAAGGGCACCAAGGAAACGGCGGAAGAGAGCGAAGGCCAGAAUGAAAACGCACCCGAAAAUGACCACAAAGUGCAAAACAGCGACCAGGUUUCAGAAGACAGGGAAAAGAUGGCGGAUAACGACACCAAUGUGAAAUGAAAAAAAAAGACUUUGCUCCCGAAUUUCUGGUCCGGUGAAAGAAAUCAAAUGGAACAGAUAAAAACAGUACUUUUAUUCGCCGAACAAAACAGGCUGUGUGUGAAACAUAAGAGGAUGCGUUUGCCCGGAAGCUGUGUUUCAGUUCACUACUGUGUUUAAAUCCAGGUGUGCCUGAAAAGAAUACGUAACUUUUCCACAAAAAAAGAAUUUUCAGUGUUAGAAAUUGUUUGUAAAGAUACUCGAAGUUUAACGACAAUGCGUAUACUGAAUUUGGAAGCUAGAGCUGACAUGUUUUAGAUAAUGUUUUAUUACUAAAACAUCCUGGGUCAUUUCUUUUAUCCGUGUUGCCACUUAUAUUUUAACCUUUUAAGCUGUACAGUUGGGAGAGAUUUCUAUACCUUUUUAUUGCCAAUGAACUAAAAAAAAAAUCAGUAUUUUGUUAAGUUGGAGAAAGGAAAAAACCUCUGCACUACAGUAUUUCUGGUUUACCUAUGGAUACAACUUGCUUCGGUGUUGUCUACCCUUCAGUAUUACGGCACUAGAUUAGCCCUCUUUUUCGUUUGCUGAUGCUAGCAAAGAGUUUGUUUUGACAACGGAUUGUGAGCCUUAACAAAAUAAAACGUGGCGUCUGAUUCCAGCAGAUUUGUGUCCAAGCAGGGAAGCAUAUUUCAGAGCCACAAAGCCAGCAUUCUUUCUUUGUAUGGAAUUUUUUUUUUUUUUUUUGGUUGUUGUUUGUUAUUGUUGUUCUUAUUUUGUCUGUUCGGUCGUGAUCCGCAAACAGUGUUAAAGGUUCAGGUAAAGGUGGAGGAAGUACGAACACAGUAUUCUGAAUCCUAUCCCCCUUCCCCAGCCUUAUGCAAAACCUGUGUGCUGUAAGUGCCAUUGAACAGUGUUAUUUUUUACCAAACCGCUGUAGCCUGCGUGCGUGCGUGCGUGCGUGCAUGUGUGUGUUGUGGGUCCAUAUUGCCUAAGAUUUUCCCGCUGUGUCUAUAGCACUCGUUCCCUGUGUGGUCCCCUGUGUUUGGGUUCCGUCUCGCGGUCGGCGCCGUGCGGGUCGCCCCGUGCACAGUGCUGGGAGGGGCAGAACACUAGCGCUGGAGGACACCUUCAAAUGUCCGUCCUCGUCUCGGCGCACGUUUCUCACAGCCACAAGUGUUAGUGAGUAUGGGCCCAAAAUGGCACACUCCUCCCCCCCUAAGCAGUUUUUACUUGUCAGUAUUAUUUUCCUUUGUUUGGUUGUGCUAUAUUUUAAUUUCUUAUGUUCAUGCAAAAACGUGUGUUCUGUAUGUGUAAUAGCAGUAUUAAACCCCCCCGCCCCUCACUGAUACAUACCUGUUUAGUUUAGAAAACUUUUAUAUUUAUGUGUCUUAUUUUUAUAUUUCUUUUAUGGUUAUUUAUUACACAGUGUAGUGUACAAUACUGUAGUUUGUAUUAAUACAGUAAUAUAUUUUAGUAUGAAAAAUAAUUUGGAAGGUAAAUGAAUCUGAGCUGGAAAUUAAUUUCCGGCCGAGAAGGUAUGUUUAAAAAGUAUUAUGUUAACAUUUCAGCUCUUCUUUGACAAUAAACCAUUAAAAGAAGAAAUCGUUAACCUGUGCAUCCAUAGUCCGGUUUGGUUUACUUUCCCCACUUUUCUCUGAAGCUACUGAACUUUGAGAAACUAACUGUGUGAUUAAUAGCAUGAGCCUUUGCUGUUGUAUUGAAGGGUUUAUCUAACCACGACUCUGCACUGUCCUGUAACAAAGCCAAAACAUUGAUAUCGACAUACCAUUUUCGUUUGUUUCAUUUGUGCCAACUUGUUUUCUGUUUGUCUGACUCAAGGCCACAACUUCUUUUUAUAUGUCAAUGUUUAUUCCACAAUUUUUUUUUUUUAAUAGGUUUUGUUUUCAUUUAGAUUUUUUUAUGACUCCCCGUCUCACAAUAAAAUACAUCGACAAAGCAGCCAUCAGUUCCGAUCUGUUAUUUUUAAUGAUAAUUUGCAUAGUUUGUUAUGCAUGUCAAAAAGCCUGUUACUUUUGAUGUGUUGUGUUACUUUCUAUUCACCAUCGAAAACUGCCAGUAUAGUUUGUUGUUCAAUUAAGAAAAGUUCAGGUCUUUAAUUGGCAACUGGCAAAAAAAAAAAAACCUGCCAUCACAACAAAUACUGCUGCAAAUACUUUACCACUAAAGCUGUAAAUGCUUAAAGUUGCUGUACUUUGACUGUUAAACACUCAGUGGAAAAAAA